CAACAGCUGUUCGCCGCUUGACGUUUUCAGCUCGGGUAAUAGCACAUGUAGCACGCAUUCAAAUUUCCACCGUGGCUGACUUGUGUUGUGACCGAUCCGCGAGUAGCUUCGCUCCACGACGAAGAGGGGACCGUCUUCUCUCGCUCUCCCUCUUCCACACGUUCCACUGAUUUUGACGCGUACGGUGUUGAGCUCCGUGUGGCUGUGUGUGUCUCGAGAGGAUGGCGCAGAACGUCAACCCGUUCUGCUCGUCGCAGAACAUGACAAACAAGGCCGCUGAGGAAAAGCAGAGCGUGCCGAAGGACAAUCAUGCAGUCAGCAAACGGUUGCAAAAAGAGCUUAUGGUGCUGAUGAUGAGCACCGAACACGGAGUAUCAGCCUUUCCUGAGGGGGAAAAUUUAUUCAAAUGGAUUGGGACUAUCACAGGACCGAAAGAUACAGUAUAUGCUGGUCUCACCUACAAAUUGACUCUGGAAUUUCCACAUAGUUAUCCAUAUAGCGCUCCCAUAGUACGCUUUGUCACACCUUGUUUUCACCCUAAUGUUGACCCUGUUGGUAAUAUCUGCUUGGAUAUACUGAAAGAUAAAUGGAGCGCAUUGUACGAUGUGCGCACCAUUUUACUUUCCAUACAGUCUCUUCUUAGUGAACCUAACAACGAUAGCCCGCUUAAUAUCCAAGCAGCAGAACUAUGGAACAAUCAGACAAAAUACAAAAAGUAUCUGACAGAGGAAUACAGCAGGGAACACAGUCGUAAUUCACAAGAUUCAUGAUGAGCCAUUAGCAUGUAAACAUUUUGAAUCGUUUAAUAUCAUUAUUCCUAUUUCUGUCGAUAGGAUUAUAAUUAAGUAUUAAGAUUAAUUGGGAUUUUGUGCACUUUUAUCACAAAUCAUAAAUAUAGUUGAACAAAGAUUCAAAUCGAAAUUUCCUCUCAUUGGAAGGAUAAUGACAAAAAUUUUUGUUACAAAUUUUGAAUAUUUGCAUAUAUAUCUCAAGAUUUAUGUAGAAACUACUUUUGUAAAAAUAAUUAUAAAUUUAUAUUAACACACCGACAUCAAGACUGCGUGCACGUAAACAUCUUUUAAUUGACAUACAAUCACACAAGAAACACAUUUAUUUAUUUACCAUGUAGAAAUAUAUGCGUUGGUCUUUUGAUCAUUGCGAUCAUCAUGUGUUUCAUUUGCACUUGAUGUUUUUCCAUUUUUACCAUUAUUGUAUAAUUCCAAAAUAAAUAUUUUAAUGAUUGUACAACGUAAUUACAACAUAAGUUCCAAUUUCCGUUAAAACUAGCAACAAAACAUUUUUACUUUCCAAACCUAUUUUUAGAAACCGCAU